AUGGCAACUAUGGCCUCUGCCGGAAAGGAUUAUAUACCCCUCGCCCGCACCAGUUCUCCAGGUCCUCUGGCUUCAGAUUUCUCUCAACAACAAAUCGCGAAACAACGCAACAAUAACUAUCAUUCUACUUCACUCAGAAAAAUGGUUGCCACAUCAGUAAAUCGCACCGCGCUGCACCCCGGUGGUGUUCAGCCUGGCAAGGGUCACACCGAGCUUGAGGAGGAGCUUCACGAGACUGCUCACAUUGACUACGACCGUGUCUCUAUCAUUGCCAACCCCGCUGUCCCUGCCCUCUACGAAGAUGCUCUCGUCUACGAGACUGGUACUGCUGUCACUUCCAGCGGUGCUUUGAGCGCCUACUCUGGUGCUAAGACUGGUCGUUCCCCCUCCGAUAAGCGUAUUGUCCAAGAGGCUUCCUCAGAAGGCGAUAUCUGGUGGGGACCCGUCAACAAGCCCAUGACCCUUGACGUCUGGCGUAUCAACCGUGAGCGUGCUGUCGACUACCUCAACACCCGUAACCGCAUCUAUGUCAUCGAUGGUUACGCCGGCUGGGAUGAGCGCUACCGCAUCAGCGUUCGCGUUGUCUGCGCUCGUGCCUACCAUGCUCUCUUCAUGCGCAACAUGCUGAUCCGUCCCUCCCGCGAGGAGCUCGACCACUUCCACCCCGACUAUGUUAUCUACAACGCUGGCUCUUUCCCUGCCAACCGCUUCACUGAGGGUAUGACCUCUGCCACUUCCGUGGCCAUCAACUUCGCCGAUAAGGAGAUGGUCAUCCUCGGUACCGAGUACGCUGGUGAGAUGAAGAAGGGUGUCUUCACAGUUCUCUUCUACGAGAUGCCCGUCAAGCACAACGUCCUCACUCUCCACUCCUCCGCCAACGAGGGUGAGAACGGUGAUGUCACUGUCUUUUUCGGUCUGUCCGGUACCGGCAAGACCACUUUGUCCGCUGACCCCAAGCGCAAGCUGAUCGGUGAUGACGAGCACUGCUGGACCGACACCGGUGUCUUCAACAUUGAGGGUGGUUGCUACGCUAAGUGCAUUGGUCUCUCCGCCGAGAAGGAGCCCGAUAUUUUCAACGCCAUCCGCUUCGGUUCCGUCCUUGAGAACACCGUCUUCGACCCCAUCUCCCGCAUUGUUGACUACGAUGAUGCCACUCUCACUGAGAACACCCGUUGCGCCUACCCCAUUGAGUACAUCGAGAACGCCAAGAUUCCCUGCAAGAGCGACAACCACCCCACCAACAUCAUCCUGCUCACUUGCGAUGCCCGCGGUGUCCUGCCCCCCAUCUCCAAGCUCACCCCCGAGCAGACCAUGUUCCACUUCAUCUCCGGCUACACCUCCAAGAUGGCCGGUACCGAGGACGGUGUCACCGAGCCCCAGGCUACUUUCUCUUCUUGCUUCGCUCAGCCCUUCCUGGCUCUCCACCCCAUGCGCUACGCCAGCAUGCUCGCCGAGAAGAUGAAGACCCACAAGGUCAACGCCUGGCUCCUGAACACCGGUUGGGUUGGCGCUGGCGCCACCACCGGCGGCAAGCGUUGCCCUCUCAAGUACACCCGCGCCAUCCUCGACGCCAUCCACAACGGCGAGCUCGCCAAGGCCGACUACGAGACCUACGCCACCUUCAACCUGCCCGUCCCCACCUCUUGCCCCGGUGUCCCCGAUGAGCUCCUCAACCCCGAGAAGAGCUGGACCGCCACCACCUCCUUCAAGGACGAGGUCACCAAGCUCGCUGUCCUCUUCAACGAGAACUUCAAGAAGUACUCCGACCAGGCCACUCCUGAUGUCCUCGCCGCCGCUCCCCAGGUUUAG